UGAGGCUGCAGAGGCAAGUGAAGACCAGUGUCCUCUUCACAAAAAGGAACUUCUGUUCUUCUGUGAGGAUGAUUUGCAGCCUCUCUGUAUUGUGUGUCAGACUUCAAGAAAACACAGAAAUCACCAGAUCUGUCCUAUGGAAGAGGCUGUUCCGGAUCUGAAGGAUGGACUCAUGACGGCAUUAAUUCCUAUUAAAGAGAAGUUAGAGAUGUACACUGAAGUUACACUAAAGUGUGAAAAAAUCAUAAAACACAUCAGGAAUCAAGCCCAGCACACAGAGAACCAGAUAAAGGCAGAUUUUGAGAAGCUUCACCAAUUUCUACGAGAGGAAGAGGAGACCAGUCUGGCUGCACUGAGGGAGGAAGAGGAGCAGAAGUGUCAGUUGAUGAAGGAAAAGAUAGAGAACUUCACACAAGUUAUUUCUACCCUUUCAGACACAAUUAAGGCUAUUCACACAUCCAUAGAGGGUGAAGAUGCUUUCUUCUUAAAGACCUAUACGGAUGCUAAGAGAAGAGCCCAGUGCACACUGCAGGAUCCAGAGCUGCUCUCAGGGGCACUGAUAGAUGUGGCCAAACACCUGGGCAACCUGAAGUUCAGAGUCUGGGAGAAGAUGCUGGAGGUGGUUCAGUACACCCCUGUGAUUCUGGAUCCCAACACUAUGUGCCCCCGGGUCUGUCUGUCAGAUGAUCUGACUUGUGUGAGGCUCUCUGAAGUUAAACAGCAGAUUCCUGAAAACCCUGAGAGGUUUUCCUGUGGCGUAAUGGUAUUGGGCUCAGAGGGUUUUACUUCAGGGAAACACAGCUGGGAGGUGGAGGUGGGGGAAAAACCUACCUGGACUAUAGGAGUGGUGCAAGAGUCCAUCAACAGAAAGGAGGUCAUUUCAUGCAACCCAGGGAGUGGAUUCUGGGUCCUAGGGGUGAGGGAUGGUGAUGAUUACAUUGCAUCUGGAGGUGCUGUCCUCAAACUGGAGAGAAAACCCCAGAGGAUCAGAGUGGAGCUGGACUAUGACAGGGGGGAGGUGUCCUUCUUUGACCCCAGUGACAUGUCACACAUUUACACUUUUAAAGGCACAUUCACCGAAAAAAUCUUCCCAUAUGUCAAUCCCUACCAAAAUGAUGAUGGCAGAAAUGGUGGGGUCUUGCAGAUCUGUCCAUUGUCUGUAAGAGUAAUGAAAUCCCAGUAAAUGUAUCAUUAAUAGUAAUGUUAUCCCAGUGAGUGUAUCAUUGUUAGUGAUGUUAUCCCAGUGAAUGCAUCGUCUCAGUGAUGGUGCCUGUAACUUAUAUGACCUAAACUAUUAAAACUGUCGAAGACUGUUCUGGAGUGGAUUGGAUGGUGCUUUGUAAUCAACAUUUAUUCAACUAGUGGUCUUUUCACACUCGCUGUGCCCUCUUUUACAGCACAUGCUCUUCAUAGUUUCCUUGCAUGUUGCUAUUACAGUGUUGGCUGUUCCAUAGUUUUAACUGUUCUGUGAUUCUCUGUCUUAUGUAUCUUGAUGAUCUUGUUUGUAUGUUUCUUGUAUACACUUUGUGAUGUUCUGUCGUGAAUGGUUUUUAUUUCUUUUAAGACCCGCAAACAAAUUGCCCCAGGGAGAUAAUCCAAACUUGAUUUCUUUUGAUUUGAUUAUCAUUUUGUUUUAUAUGUCCCCUUAUCAGUCUGCAGUGCACACAUAAUCUCUAAUAAUCACAUUGAGGUUUAGAUUAUUUGCACUGCAUUGUUGUCAUGACUGAAUUGUCUGGUACCAGCAGAUUCUAGGCAUCAUUCUGAAAAUGAUUAGUUAUGGGAUAAUAUUUAAACUGUACAGAUAUGAGAGGUGUUGGGUAAAAUGCUACCCUUAUGUUACGCCCCCUGCCUCUGCUUGCCUGGGUAGUGCAGGUGGAGGAAGUUGCUUAAUUACCUAAUUGCCUGAUUGCCUCCACCUGCCUGUGAGCCAACUUAAGCCCAGCAGUAUGAGGCAAACAGAGAUCUUCUUUCAGGUUUCUUUUGUGUGAUUUGAUUUGUGGUUUUGGGUUUGUAGUUUUUGUGAAGAUCGUUUUGUUUGAACUUGGUGGGUUUUACUUUUGUUUAGUUUGUUAUUUAUGCUAAUAAAUGUCUGGGUUUGUGUUUAAAUCAA